GACUUCAGUUAUCUGAUACUGCAUGUUGUACUGGACCAUUGCUGAGUUGAGUCUCCAACUUUGUGUUUGGAACACAACAUGUGGUUGCCAUUGGAAAACAUUACAUUCAUCUGACGCUGGUAUACCUAUACCAUUCAUAAAGUUUCAGGAUUUAAUUUUUCUUCUCUUGAGUGCAGUGUUAUGUGGACUAUUUAAGUGAAAGUACAUGUAGUUAAUUGACUCGUCUACUUCCAUCUGAUGCUGGUAUACCAUUCAUAAAGUUUCAGGAUUUUGUUUUUCUUCCGUUCAGUGAAGUGAGAACUAAAAGUGACUGUAGUAAAUUGACUCAUGCACUGCCAUCUGACACUGGUAUACCUAUACCAUUCAUAAAGUUCCAGGAGUUUUUUUUUCUCUCUCUUCAGUACAGUGGGGACCAGUAUUACGUCCUUCAGGCUGAGCCAAAGUUGUUUGGUUAUAAUGCCCUGGUCGUCACAUUAGCAGCAGUGGUAAAAAGAAAAGGUGAAAGUAGUAAAUUGACUCAUCUACUUAAAAUGCAGUAAAAACUGACUGUUCACGUGUGUAUUUGUCACACAGACAACCUGCAACUAUAAAAAUGAUGAGUCCUUUAAAAUAUGGUUUUCCAAGGUUGGGACACCAUCAUUGUCUAUAACGAGCGUCUAUGGAUUUGUAUGUUUUCAUAUUUACUUCAUACAUAUGUAUGCGGUUGUGCAUAACUGCAGCUCAUCAAUAUAUGAAAAGAUAUCGUUCUGUGGAUGGUUUUGGUCAUGUUUACCAUCUGUUGGAAUAACGACAGCAGUGUUCCAGUGAAUAACUAGGCUGGGUGUUAUUCAGGGUGGCACAAAACCCCGCCUGGCAAGGGAAAAGACGGCAAGGAGUAUAUCGUGACUCCACGACGACUACGAUCACCAGACCCAGGGCGUUACCGGACACAGCCGGUAACACCAGAAGAGAUGGCUAAGGUGAAACAAUUAACAGAGCCAGUCAAGACGUCUACCUCCAUUGCAGAAAGAUUGUCAGCCCUGAAGAAGAGUGGGCAAGAAGACUGGCAGAAGCGAGUCAAUAAGUACAACGACUCCCCACAAACUAAACUCAAAGACUUCUUGACGGUCCCCGGCAAUGGAAAAGCUGUCUGCCCAACAUCGGACAACGAUGUUGAUCUUGCUACGUGUAGCAUCUCAAAAAGACUGGAGCUGAUCCAGACGAGUCAGGGUACCUGGAAGAAACGGGUGGAGGAGAAGGAUGCGGUGCAGUUCACAGUGUCCGGCAAGAUGACCAAAGCUGGGAUGGAUGUGGUCGAGACAUCUCCUCAACUGAAGAGGGGUGGGAGCUUGAGGGUCAAGCGAGGCGGGUCAUUUAGAGGUCGUGUGACACUCGAUAAUAAAAAAGACGGAGAGGAGAAAUCAGACAAAAGUGAUAAGAGUGAAGAGAAGAGUGACAGCACAAGCAGCAAUACAGCCAGCGUAUCAGACAAACAACCCGGAGGACAGAGUUCCUCGACCACCGUCACAGCCUCCGAGUCUGAUUCCUCUGAAUCCAGCUUCCGCAUCGUCAAGAAGAAGGUAGCGGUGAUGAAGCCAGAUGGAGAGACCUUUGCAGAGUUCUUCAGCAGCAGUUCAACGAUCAUCACAGAGGCGGCAAUGCUACCGAGAGAUCGCAAAGCGUCUCUUGACGAUGUCACCGUGUCAGACUUUGAUGCCCUCUCGGACGAUUACUUCCCAAAGCUGACAGCCCUCUCCCGCAAUCGGAUGUCCUUAAGACCGAAGCGACGAGCACCUGGAGCCAAGAAUCCCAUCCGAGCAUUGAAAACGAGAACCAACGUCAUCAGCGAGUAUGAGGAAAUAAAGAAGGAAAUUAUCGAGACGGAGCCCAUGGACAGACAAGCCGUCAUGAACUCAAGAAGGGUUGAAUUGUCUUCCAAGUCGCAUCAUCUUAGCAUCUCGGCCAGAAAGGGCCUUGCAAGUAAGGAGGAUAUUGCCAAAGGAAUCCUCAAACUCCAGAAGGUCAAAGACGUACGGGAGAUGGAUGGAAAACUGUCUCAGCUACUACCAUACACUGACAAGAUGCUCAUUCAGGUCAAAGGGAGGCGGUUUGUUCAGGUUCGCCUCGUCCAGCCUGACGCCGACAUGCUAAACACCGGUGACUGCUUCGUUGUAGUAACACCUAAAGAGUGCUACCUGUGGAUUGGACAGUAUUCAAAUGUUAUAGAAAGGUCAAAGGCUUCAGAAAUGUCACAGAUGAUUCAAAGCACCCGUGACCUCGGCUGCAAAGCGCCCUCAGUGGUUACAAUAGAAGAGGCACAUGGUAAACCCCUCGGGUCCAACAGGGACUGGAAGAGAUUCAUGGAGGCCUUGGGAGGUGCAGACAACAUUCAUGACAUUGCACGUAUUGACGAUGACGAGUUACAUGAGAUUUACAUCACAGAAACCAACAUGGUGUACAAAGUCGAAGGAGAGUCACUGGUGCCAUACGAUGACUACUGGGGUGCACCGCCUAAGUUUGCUAUGCUCAAAUCCAAGGAGAUUUUGGUCUUUGAUUUUGGAUCUGAGUUGUACAUUUGGCAGGGUAAGCAGACUUCAAGUAAAGAGCGUCAGAUAGCAGCUAAGUUAGCUCAGAUUGUGUGGGAGAGGGGUUAUGACUAUAGAGAGUUUGAUUCCAAUCCAAUAUGGCCGGGACAAUCCAAGAAACCUACACACGGUACAGCCAGACCAGACUGGGCUCUCUUUGGAAAGACCACAGAGCAUAUGGAAACAACACUCUUCCAGAACAAGUUCAUUGAUUGGCCGAGUGAUACAAGGGUCAUCAAGGCCAAAAGCUCAGAGGACGAACAAAAGAGCGAGGCAGCUCCUGAACUUGUUGCUUAUGAUGCCAGUAAGAUGAUUCAGCUCAGCAAAGAGAAACCAGAUCUAAUCCUGGAAAACACAAACCUUGGCAGAGGGAAAGGUUCAAAUCCAGCUAAAUCUGCAGAAGAUAUAGCCCACUUCCAGAAGAUCGAUCAACGAGGCAAUGAGAUCCAAACAUUAUCUGUUGUCAUGUGGCACAUUAUGGAGUUUGACCAUAGCAUCUUGCCAGAGGAGAGUUUCGGGCAAUUCCAUGAAGGGGACACCUACGUGGUGCGUUGGCAGUACAGGGUCGUGAGUACAGGCAUGCGUGAUCUCAAGGGUAAUCUCUCCAAGCGUCAGGGCCAUGGACGAGAGCGAUGUGCGUAUUUCUUCUGGCAAGGUCUUGGAAGCACCAUCAAUGAGAAGGGAGCGUCGGCGUUGAUGACGGUGGAACUAGACGAUGAAAGAGGACCACAGAGACAGGUAAUUCAAGGCAAAGAGCCUCCAGCUUUUCUUCAACUCUUCAACGGUCGUAUGGUGAUGCAUAAAGGCAAGAGAGAAGAAGAAGACACUAACACAUCAGGCCCAAAUAGGCUGUACUGUGUACGCAGCGAGCACGCAGAGGAAGGUCUACUACUAGAGACACAAUGUGAAACAUCUCAGCUCAGAUCGAGAACGUCAUUCCUCCUUCUGCAUCUCAAGGAUGAGGGCACCAAGGCGACGGUGUACAUCUGGCACGGAGUGAAGUCCUCAAAAGCAUCUCGGGCAACAGCCGUCCACGCGGCCGAUAUGCUGAAGAAAAAUACACCGUUGGAGACGGGUAUGAAGAGUAAAUGCAACGUGACGAUAGAAGAGAUGGAAGAAGGGAAUGAGACGAACAUCUUCAAGAAGCUGAUUGAUCUUGAUAGGAGUUCGUACGACAGUGCAAUAGGAGACCCUCUCGUCUACAAAUACACUCCUCGGUUAUUCCAUCUAACGAGUACAUCGGGGGUGUUCCUUGCUAAUGAGCUAUUGAACCAGUCUCGUUCUGAAGAGGAACCUACCCCGUAUCCAUUCCUACAAACAGACCUUUAUGGAGCAACACAACCAGCCCAGUAUCUGUUUGACAACCACUAUGAGGUGUAUUUAUGGCAAGGGUGGUGGCCUGAGGACCAGGAUAAGAAGACUGGCUCGGCCAAGAUGAGAUGGGAUGUUGAUAGGAAGUGUGCAAUGGAGACAGUCAUGGCGUAUUGCAAAGAAAAACGGAUCAAGAACCCACCCAAGGCAUACCUUGUCCAUGGCGGCCUGGAGCCUCUCACAUUCACCAACUUGUUCCCAUGGUGGAAAGUCAACAAUGAUGUAGCUGAAAUUAACAAAAAAGAUGGGAAGAGGGGAGAUCGAGCGAUACUCGUCAGUGAAGUCUUAGAGAAACUAUCCAAAGCACAAUUCACAUUCGCUGAGCUUCAGAUCCGACCCUUACCAGACGGUGUGGAUCCGCUGAAACUAGAAACUUACCUCUCAGAGGAAGAAUUCAAGGAGGUACUUAAAAUGGGGAGGGACGAGUUCUACAAAAUGCCAUCUUGGAAACAAAUUAAAACCAAAAAAGAAGUGGAGUUGUUUUAAAAGAAGUACUUCUCGGAGAAGAUGAAGAAGAAGAAAGGGCUCGUCCACAUCACUUCGAAGGAAUGAAGUCGUCACUGAAGAAGAUGAAAUGCAGCCUUAAUGUUUUAGGUGUACUUGUGACUUUCAUUCCAUAAAGGUCACUGAACGCUCCGAGUGUGCUAAACUAACAUGGCAAUGAUGCCUGAAUCAUCUACAGAGUUCUCCAACCAUAAUUUCCGAUGGCAAGGUGUGCAUGGAUGAUGACGACACAAGUCUCAUUUAUAUGCGAUGAUAUGCUAUGAAUUCGUGACUUUCCGCGAUAACUUUCUCGCGGGCGCCCCAGCUGAGUGGUCUGGUGAAAAUUUGAACUCUGCCACUUUAUGUUCGUAACGACAAGUGUGGCUUCCUGACCACCUCUGUAAUACUUGUAGUACCAGAAGAGCAGUAACUUUUUGAGCUUUGAGCACUUUUAUGAUUGGCCAUUAAUGUACCAAGGAGUUGCAAGGAGCUAUGUGAUUGGCUGAUGACAUAAGUAUUCACAGUGGCAAUGAGAAGUUUGGUUGGCUGAUGAAAUUGGUGUUCAAACCAAUCAGCACUGGCCUAGAGAUCACGAAAGAGUGUCCCGAUAGGCUGACAACAGUGGUUAGGAGAGAUGUGAGCAGCACUAUCAUUGGCUGAUAAGUUCAUCUUUAGAGCAGCAAGAAGGAAUGUGAUUGGCUGUUCGAGCAGCAAGAAGGAAUGUGAUUGGCUGUAAGAGCAGCACGGAGCAAUCUGAUUGGCUGUUGACGCAAUAUUCAGUGAGCUACUAAUGCUUUUGGUGGAUAGAGCCCAAUGACACUCUAUAUGCUAGAAAGACUUUGUGGAAAUUGUGUCACAAAAUUUCGCACUGCCGUCGACAAGAACAAAUACCAAGAGAGACUAUUUUAAUUGAAUGUAAAUCAUGAAAGCUUGAGUGUAGAAAAAAAAGACUAUUACUGGAUAGAUACCCCAGUUGAAAUGAGCGUACUAUUGUAUGAGUAAUAUUGGACGUUGUGAAUGUUACCUGUUUCUAUAUAUUAAUUAACAACCUAGUCCCUAACAAAAUUGUACAUAAUCUAUGUAAAAAACAAAAAACUAAAGGUGGAAUAAUUCCUUGAGUCGUCUUUAUGCUGUAAUUGAAGGUUAUUGGCAUUAGCAGAGGUUGGGUCUAUCUUGAAGGUGCUGUAUAUUCAGGUUUACAUUCGGCUGUUAAAGGAAAGGUACAGGUUUGGUAAUUGUCAAAGACCAGUGUUCUCACUUGGUGUAUCCCAUCAUAAGCAUAA